UGGAGUCCAGUGGGACCAUUAUCCUUUUUGUGGCCAGGUCACUUGGCACAUUUUAGUUUCCUUUCAUUUGAAUAAAGCAAAAAUGAAUGCUGAGUCACUUGGCAUUGUGAGGGACCAUUCCAUUCUACCUCGCCUUUUUCUGUUCCCUCUAAUUCCCUUCAGCUGUUUCACUUUCAUGUCAUCCUUUAUCAUCAUCCUGGAAUUUCCAUUUCGGCUGCUCCCAGCUGCCUCCAGGACUCCCUUUUAAAAGAGGGCUGAAUCCAGCUGUUGCACACUGAGCUGCAUCUUUCAGAGCUUCUGCUCCUGCCCUGGCAGCCCUCACCCAACAGAAAGAUGAAGGUCUCUGCAGCUGGAUUGGCUCUUCUCCUCAUUUCAGCCUCCUUCUCCCAGACUUUCUCUGGACCAGCUGGACUGGAGAUCCCAACCUGCUGUUUCACAUACAGCCAGCACAAGCUGCCACGGAGGCUCAUCCAGCACCAUUACAGCACCAGCAGCAACUGCCCCCAGCCAGGCAUCGUGUUUGUCACAAAGGAAGGCCGCCAGGUCUGUGCCAAUCCUGAAAACAACUGGGUCCGAAGCUACCUGAGAAUUUUGGGGCAGAACUGAGCGAAGCAGUGUGGCAAGAGCAGCUACUGUCAUGUUAUCCUGAGCUCCAGCCAUGGAGCAGGACCCUGGGACAAGAGGAGCCACAGGAGCAUCUGCAGGUGUCCCCGAGGGACUGCUGGAAGGGCACCUUGUGCUGGGGGCUGCUGCUCGUCCUUGCUUGCACAGACCGGGCUUCAGCCUCAUCCCUCUGCCCAACCCCAGGCCCCUGGGACUGCACCUUGGCUGCUGUAUUAUUUGAAGUUAUUUAAGAAAUCAUCAUAUGGGGCCAUCAGUCCUUUUUUUUUCUGUGGAUGAUUAUAUUAUUUAUAGGGGGGUGACAAGGAAGGUAUUUCUAGGAGG